CCAAUGUUAUCCAAUCAGCUGAUUUCUGUUGUUGUGACAGUGACAGUUGUUGAAGUUCUUUGUAUUAAUGCAUAUUGAUUUAUAAUAGUGAUUUGAAACCAUCUAAAGCCCUUAUUUGCGACUUUGAUGAGCGGAAUGACGCAGUUUGUGAGUUGAAAUGUUGAUUUGCAUCGAAAACAAGCAACCAAAUUAUGUCUGCUGAAUCGCCUCAUCGACGGUCCAAAUCUCAAACGAGAGGAGGAGGAGGGAGUGUCACUGUCACACCUCAACAAGUCACAGACCCCACAAUUUUGGAUAGCGUCGCCGGAUUCAUCAACGAGGUCGUACCCACUGCAUAUAAUGUCGUACCAAAUGAAGUCGACGAUAAAAUACAAUGGGCACAUUUUGAACAACUUGACCAGGACGAGGCAGCCACAUGGGGGCCCAUCUACGACAAUGAUAAUGUUGUCUCAAACCCGCUUAUACUCGUUCUAGGAUACACGACAGGCAUUCAGAUUUGGGCAAUUCCUGCAACUGGUGAAGCUACCGAAAUCUUGUCUUUUCGUCAUAGUAUUCUUCGUGUUCUCCGUUUGAUUCCAACACCAUUCAAGACAGGCGGAGACAAUAAGAUUGAUUUGUUUGCAUCAUCGCGUCCUUUAAUUGCUCUAUGUGAUUCAAUUUCGAAUUACAGUACUUUAACAUUUCGUUCACUUAAAGGAGGAGUUGUAGAUCCGGUGAAACAAAUACAGUUUAAGACAUCGAUUUUGAACGUUUUAGCAAAUCGUCAUUCGAUUGUGGUGAUUUUUGCUGAAAAAAUCGCUGUUUUUGAUGCAUUUACAUUGGAGAAUCGUAUCAGUGUGACAAGUUGUUAUUUAAGUCCGGGUAUUCAACAGAAUCCGGUGGCUUUGGGAGCAAGAUGGUUGGCGUAUGCUGAAAAAAGACUGAUUGCAAGUAAUAGAAGUGGAGGUGGUAAUGAAGGAGAAGGAGUACAAAGUUAUACUGCGACUGUUUUACAUGCGGCAAAGUCUUUGGGGCGUGGCAUUCGUGAAUUUACCGAAUCGGUAGCUGGAAGUUUAACUGGUAAUCCUAAUUUUAAGCCCGGUGGUUCAUCAACAAGUAGUCCUCAAGCUGGAGGUGCAGCUGAUGUACCCCAAAAAGGCAUUAUUACAAUUCUUGAUAUUGAAAAUAAGAAUAUGAAUUCACAAGAGAAUGUUAUUUCACAAGAUGCUGUGAUUGCUCAUUUUGUAGCUCACACUGAAGCUAUUGUCUGUCUAUCAUUUGAUCCAAGUGGAAUGUUACUUUUAACAGCUGAUAAACGUGGUCAUGAUUUUCAUGUAUUUCGAAUACAACCACAUCCAGGUGGGCCUGCUUUAGCUGCAGUCCAUCAUUUAUAUAUUCUUCAUCGUGGUGAUACAUCAGCUAAAGUUCAAGAUAUGUGUUUUUCACCUGAUUCACGUUGGGUAACUGUAUCUACACUACGUGGUACAACUCAUGUUUUUGCUGUGACACCAUAUGGUGGCCCGAUUAGUGUACGAACACAUGCAACAACACAUGUUGUUAAUAAAAUGUCAAGAUAUCAACGAUCAGCAGGAUUGACAUCUGAAGGUCGUUCAAGUAGUCCAGUAUCAUUGGAAACACCAUCAGUGAAUUCGUUAUUUCCCUAUCGUAAUUCAAGAUUUCCACCAUACCCACAACCGACUAUAGUUAAUCCACUUGCUCAAAUCAGACAACCGGUUUAUGUACAAAAUACGGGGGCUAUACCACAAAGAACACAUCCGGGAAGACAAAGAUUAUCUUCAUCGUCGGAAGAAAAUAUUACGUUAAGAGUUGUGGCAUGUUUUGCACCACCUAGAGCAUGGAUGGAUGUGUCGUCAAAGGGGGGAGGGCCUAGAGAGACUUUGCACAAGUCCCAAAUCAAACCGGUUGAAUCGUUGUUUGUCAACUCGUGCUAUGGAACAUUAAUCCAAUACGAUUUGGAGCCUCAUCCAUUGUCUUCAAUACCAAAAGAACGUGUCUGUAAUGAUACCCCAAUUGAAUUGCAAGUAUGUGCAAAAGCACAAUGGUCUCUUCAUCGUCGUCUCUAUACCGCCGAUAUUCCAUUACCAAUGUCCGAAGAGAAUUUAAAUUUUAUAGCUCAAAGUGUGCCUCUUUAUAAAAAAACAACUAAACCGGAUCAUAAUGACGAUCAUUGGUUGUCUCAAGUUGAAAUUGUGACACAUUUAGGACCCCAUAGGAGGCUUUGGAUGGGACCCCAAUUUACAUUCAAAACUUAUACCAUUACGAAUGGUAGUGUUUUAGAAACGAAAUCGGUUGAUGUGAGACGUUCAAAACCGGUUAAUAUGCCGGUGAGUAAAGCUAAUGCAAUUUUAAUUGAAUCGGGAUCGGCGAGCAGUUGUGAGCAAUUAUUUUUGGACACAUAUCACAAAACGGAAGUGGGAAGUGCAGGAGAGACACGUCUUAAAGAGGAUCUUGCUGAUGCCAUGUUAGAAUCGCCAGGAAUUAGAGAAACAGGUGGGCAUUGUGUGAUUGUUUCGAUGAAACCACCGACUACAACAACAACAACAACAGUUGCCAAAGUUGUAAAUCCAUUAGGCACCGUUGUAACAGUCCAAUCUGAUGAUGAAACGAUAAUAGAACAAGUCGUUGAAGAUGCUGUCAUACAUGAGAAUUGUGAUGAAGCUUUAUUUAGACCGGUGGUGGCACCAAAAGCCGUUUUUUAUUCAGAAACCAAACCGAAACCUUGUCCUCCAGAUCAUAUAUUGACUAAAAGUCUUGAAGCCAAUACUGAAGUUGCCGUCAAAAUUAUUAAUCAUCAGAAAAACAACAACAAACUAUCUUCCAAUAAUAAACAUAUCAAAUCAAGAGAAAGCUCACCUAAAACUAAAACAAUCAUUAAACAAGAUAAAAUCAAGACUACGACGAAAACAAAGAAGAAGGAAGUGCAAGAUGUUUUUGAUUGUGUCAGUGUCGAUUUGCUCGAGGAUGCGCCAAAGAAAGUUCCCGAUUCGUCAUUGUUUGAAAGUAUUUUAAAGUUUGAGGAUGCUGAAGAUUGCAGUGAGAAAAUGCCAAUGAAUAAAACCGAGUCGGAAAUUACUUGUUCUUCAGAAGAAGAGAAAUUAUCAUCGACGCGAAAAGCUCGUAAACCUAAGACUAAACUUGGUGUGAAAAUUACGAAAGAAAAGGAGAAUGCGAAUUUGGUGGAGAGUGAUGUACCAAAAAGGUCUUGGAAUAUAGUGGCGGCAUCAAAACCGGCGAAAGAAAAAAUCAUUGAUUUGGAUCUUCCUCCUGAAAUUGAGAGUUUUACAGUGAAACUUCCACAAAAAAAAGAGAAUUUGAUUGAUAUUGAUGUGGAGGUCAAGAGUCCAGAGAUACAAGAAGAAGAUUUGUUGAAAAUUGAUAAAUCUUCGGAUGAAAAUAACGGCUCACCAACGGAUACGACCGAGAGUGAUGAUUCGAGUAAAGUCCCGGCGAUUGUCGAGGAUGAAAAUACUGUGCCAGCACAAAAUUUGCAAACGUCGAAAAGUUCUCGGAAAAAGUCAAAGAAAAAACAUGUGUUGGGUCAGGAUAAUGUUUUUUCCAAGUAUUAAAUGUGUUCCACCUCAAAUUUUCAACAAAGUGGUGUAAAAUUGUAUAUAAUAAUAAUUUUAAGGCAUUGUGAAUCUGUUGUAUUUCAUUACACUAAACAAAAAAUAGGAAUAAAUAAAAAUAAAGAUCUCAAGUCGA